AUGGCCGAACCCAACGUCAUCGACAUGGCGAACCGCGAAACGCCGACCCCAGCAACUACCACCACCGAUGCCCGUGUAGACUCUUCGCAGCCGGGAUCAACACCGAUGCCCAGUAAGGAUGGCAGCGAGGAAUUUGUGCCCCAGCCCAUGUUCCAUCACCCUACUCACCAGGGCGUGGACAUUGAAGACUACUUUCGAGGACCGCGCGAUAUCAAUCGACAUUCGAAAUGGCCCUUCUUCCUGAGAUUACAUGGCAGUAUCCUACCUAAGAUGAUUGUGCCUCUCGCCUUCGUUGCUGGAUGGGCCACUCUGAUCACAUGCAUUUCGAAGUUCGUGCAGCGGCUUGCGAUCAAUAGCGUUUUGCUUACUGUGCUCGGUUUCGUAAGUGAGAAGAUGAUCAUGGCAGGGAUCAAGCUGCUGACUUUUGAUGGGUAGGUGGUCGGUUUGUCGUUGUCAUUUCGCAGUACUACUGCCUAUGAGCGCUUCUCGGAAGGCCGCAGAUACUGGGCAAUGCUUACCAUGUCCUCACGCUGCCUCUCCCGCCUCAUCUGGGUCCACGUCAUUGAGCGCCACGGCGAGUCCGACGAGAUUGGGAAACAGGAUCUCCUGGCAAAGUUGGCUAGUCUUCAGCUUAUCAAUGCGUUUGCUGUCGCUCUCAAACACCGUCUGCGAUUCGAGCCGUCCACCGAGUAUCCUGACCUGGCACCCUUGGUCCACAACAUCCAUACCUUUGCUGGAGAUGCCAACCAAGCGGAGCUCCGUGAACGCAAGAUGUCUUUCUUCAAGAAGACGGGACAGUUCCUUGGCCUCUCGAUGGCUGAGUCUAACCCACGCAAGCUCUUCAAACGUACCAAGGAGAACCUAGGAAAUACCCCACUGGAGAUUCUAACCUAUCUCGGAGCCUACGUGGAAAAUGUCUUCCAGAACAAGACCUUGACUCUGCCAGUUCACCAGACGCAAGCUAUGACCUAUCUGAACCAACUGACCGACGUCUUGACGGGGUGUGAGCGCGUAGUCAACACCCCAUUGCCGGUCGCCUAUUCCAUCUCCACUGCGCAGAUAACGUGGGCGUACGUGAUGGCUCUCCCGUUCCAGUUGGUCGGUAGCCUCGGCUGGGUCGCGAUUCCGGGCACAAUAGUAGCGGGGUACAUAAUCUUGGGCUUGGCUCAAAUAGGGCGCGAGCUGGAGAAUCCAUUCGGCCAAGAUGUCAACGACUUGCCCUUGGACUCCUUCUGCCAUGAGCUCGCCAACGACAUCGACGCGUUGACCAGUCGGCCGGCGCCAUUGAAUCAUGAGCAGUGGAUGCGCGACAACGGGUCCAAGGUGCUAUGGCCCUUGAGCCAGAUGGAAUUCAGAGCAUGGGAGCAACGGAGUGUUCAGGAGAUCCGUGCUGCUCUCAAGGCGAAGGCUACCAGCAGGGACGUCAAGGAGAAUCGGGCGAUGACGGCUGCCGAGAGCGAGCAGUUGACAAGUCAUGUAUAG